AUGCUGAGGGACAGGGGCUCAGACCCCAGGAAGGCUGACGUUUCUGAGCGUCCACGUGUGGACGUAGUUUCCAUGAGCUCAGAGCGCACCCCUGGUGGGGGCUUCCAGGCAGCAGCAGGCAAGCCGGACAUGGUUAGCAGCGGCCUGCAGCAGGACGCUGGACAUGGAGUCCUGCAACGUGGAACUGAUUUUGACCACGUGGGACACUUUGGCAGGUUCCAGAUAGUCCUGUAUCUCAUUUGUGCCUGCCAGAACAUCUCCCGUGGCAUCCAGUACCUGUCUUCUGCGUUCAUGACAAUUAUCCCUGAGCAUGCCUGCAAGCCCCCAGGCAAAGUUCAGAAGGCUGUUUUCCACAACUUAUCUGUUUGGAGGUUGGAGGACAUACUGGCCCUGAGGUCCCCAGAUCAGAAAGACCACGUUACAGCGGAGCUGCCGGAUGGGGAGAUCUGGGAGCACAGAUGUAGCAGGGCCUGGAGGGAGAACACGUCGCAUUUGGGCUAUGAGUGCAGUGACUAUUAUCUUGAUUGCUCUGAUGGCUAUGUAUGUGACCAAACUAAAUGGAGAAAUUCUGUGGGGAGAAGCCUGAACCUGGUCUGUGACCAGAAAUGGUAUGCAAACAUGAUCCAGCCCUUGUUUAUAUUCGGCAUGCUGCUGGGAGCAAUUACUUUUGGUUACCUUUCUGACAGGUGCUUGACUGUGGGGAGCAGCAACGUGGUGUCCCGAGUGGCAAGCAUCCUCAUGCCUCUCACUGGGCAUUUCACCGAAGUCUGGAUCUUCCUGCCACAGAUCUUUAUCACUGCCUAG